UUUUGGAAUAAGGCUGUAAACAUAACAAAAUAUGGAAAAAUUGAAGCAUUGAAUACAUUCAAAUGCACUGCAUUUCAAUUAGGAUUAAUGGGGAACCAAGGGCUCUAGUCCUACUAGAAAGUUUAAUCAAACUAUUAAGACGUAUUUCUUGGAGAGGUGUACUUGUCUUUGUUUAUAUAUAUACACACAUGUGGAAAGUGCAGUCCUGCGGGGUGUGUCUUUGGCAGUAAAGCGUGGCCUCCUGUCUAUAUUUAGCCUUAAACGCUCUCUUUUCUCCCCUGUGUGACCCUCGCUCAGUGCUGCAGACAUUCCCAUAUCAGCGCAUAGAGAGACGCCACUGACUGCAAAGAGGGCAAAUAUUGAGACUACUGCAGUUAACCGGAUGAUGACGGUCAAACUUUGCGCCACUGAAUGCGCUCAUCUUGAGUCAAGAAUGCACCUGCUCAUCAUGGAGAAUGUGUAUUCAUAGGGAUUUUGGCUUAAAGUCUCUUUUUUGUAAAUAUGGAGGAGGGUGAGCUUGUUAUUCGGUUGCCUGGGCGAUCCGCCUCCCCGUUAGACAACAGGAGCUUCGGUGCAAGCGUUGGGUUCGGAGAGACGUUGGUGUUGCGGCACAAGGAGGUUCACAACUUUUUUUUUGUCCCCUUCAGGGAACAGCCCAUCUACAGCACGCGGGCCCACGUCUUCCAAAUUGACCCCAACACAAAGAAGAACUGGCUGCCCACCAGCAAGCACGCCGUCACCGUGUCCUACUUCUAUGACAGCACUCGCAAUGUCUACCGCAUCAUCAGCCUGGACGGUACCAAGGCAAUAAUUAACAGCACCAUCAGUCCCAACAUGACGUUCACAAAGACCUCACAGAAGUUUGGCCAGUGGGCUGACAGUCGAGCCAACACCGUCUACGGCCUGGGAUUCUCCACUGAGCAUCAUCUGUCCAAGUUUGCAGAGAAGUUUGCCGAGUAUAAAGAAGCAGCACGCCUCGCAAAAGAGAAAAGUCAAGAAAAGAUGGAAAUGGCCACAUCACCGUCACAGGAGUCUCCAGCUGGGGAGCUGUCAUCACCUUUGACCCCUGUGACUCCACCUAUGGAAAACAUGAACGGCACAGACGAAAUCUGUGACACGACCCCAAACUCGGACUCCAGACCAGAACCGUCCCAGAACGCGCUGGCUUUCACUCAUAGCCCAGCCAUGACAAAGCACUGGGAGGCUGAGUUGGAGGCACUAAAGGGGAACAAUGCCAAGCUAACAGCAGCUCUGCUGGAGUCCACCGCCAACGUCAAACAGUGGAAACAACAACUGGCUGCAUACCAGGAGGAGGCCGAGAGGCUACACAAACGAGUGACAGAGCUUGAAUGCCAGAGCAACCAAACCCCGGCUAUCAAAUCCCAGAAGACAGAACUCAACCAAACCAUCGAGGAACUGGAGGCAACUCUGAGGGACAAAGAAGAGGAAAUGGAAAAACUAAAAGAAGAAUUGGAAACCAUGAAUGAUCUCAUGGAACAGAAAGAUACCCUCUCCCAGAAACUGGAGGAGACGGAGCUUCGCAGUCGGGUGCUUGAGCAGCAGCUUGCAGGGGCCGAGCAGCGACUGGAGGAGAACCAGGAGGAGCAGGAGAACUUCAGAAAGAGCCUGCGGACGCUGCUGGAGCUGCUGGAUGGCAAGAUCUUUGAGCUGACCGAGCUCCGAGACACCCUGGCCCGUCUCAUAGAGGAGGCCAGCUAAAAGAUGGAGCUGCCGCUACAUGUCCGCAUUACAGAGCCAUAGCACCCACAACAAGUGGCCCGUGUUCCUCCCACAACACGACCACGGUGAAGUCGAGAGCCCCUAAAUUUGAUUUCCAUCGUCCCCCUCGCAGACAUCAUGUUUGGAUAAGGAGCGACCUUUGCCUUUGUCUACUAUUGGCUACUUGCUUGUAGUGAUCUUUCUGCUUGAAGACAACCCACUCCCACACAUUCUCACGUUGCUCCUCCAUGAGAACUGUGCCUCAGUGCCAUCUGUGGUUUGACUGCGAGAACUACACCACAGCUUGCAGCAGCACAUCACCCUCUUCACUUCUCCCCAUAAAACCUGGAAAGUCAUGCGGAAAUAAUUGCUGUUAAGACUCCGAAAACUGCGCCGAAGCUGCCAAAUGUCCUCAAAUAUUGUCCUCUCGCUAUGUUGAUCCAAAGUGACUCGGCAGUACGGUGAAAGCGGCAAAGCAUCACAGCACCCGAGAAUUAAAGGGCCACUCUCCACCAAAAUGACAUAGAAAAAAUUGCUGGUUCUCUUCCCCUACCCCUACCCCCACCGGUGUGGAAACACAGAACUGUCACCAAUUACAACUUCUUACAUCCUAUUUGAUAACGGCAGUGGCGUUUAUACAUGAGAGAUGAGUGGGGCCCCAUCCACUUACACUAGAUACACCACAUACUAAGAAAAGUACAGCAACAUGGACCUUUGGAAGUCAUAAAACCUCAAAUGCUGUACCGUUCAUCUCUUAAGUAACACUAUAGCCUUGUUAAUCGUCACGUAAGUGCUGAAAGAAGUUGUACAAAGUUGUCCAAAGUAAGAACUGAGGGUCAUUUGUGGCCUGUGGCACAUUCUAAAAAAUAGCAUUUAACAAGACAACUAAAGAAAAAGACAGCAUUAAUUUACAAGAAUAAAGUAAAAUACAAAUAUUAAGAAAAAAAGUUGGAAUUUAAUAAAAUAUUAUCACUAUCACUAUUUUAUAUAUCACUAUAUAAGAAAACAACAUUUUAGUAGCAUAAAAUUGAAAUAUUAAAGAAAAAGACAUUGAUUUUUUGCUUUACAUUUGUUAUAUGAGAGACAAUCAUAACAAAAUAAAGUCAAAAUAUUAAGAAAAAAAUAUUAUAACAAGAAAAAAUAUAUAUUUUAGAAAAAUGACUCAUAAUAUUUUCAUUUUACUAGCACAGAGUUGGAAUGUUAAAGACGUUUCAUGUUUUCAAGUCAUAGUAUUAUUCAUUCAUUCAUUUUCUAUACAGCUUAUCCUCACAAGGGUUGCGGGGCGUGCUGGAGCCUAUCCCAGCUGUCUUUGGGUGAGAGGCGGGGUACACCCUGGACUGGUCACCAGCCAUUUUUGAUGAUUUUUACCGAUUUUUGAAGGCAUACAUAAUAUUGUGUUCUUGGGUUAUAUACUGUAGACAUGGUAUAUACCAAAAAAAAGAUUGGACUCCAUCCAUCCAUUUCCUAUACCGCUUCUUAUCCUCACGAGGGUUGCGGGCAUGCUGGAGCCUAUUCCAGCUGACUUACAGGCAAUCGCCAGCCAAUCACAGGGCACAUAUAGACAAACAACCAUUCACACUCACAUUCAUACCUAUGGACAAUUUGGAGUCACCAAUUAGCCUAGCAUGUUGAAAGCGGAAUACCCGGAGAAAACCCACACACGCACGGGGAGAACAUGCAAACUCCACACAGAAAUUUUUGGAAGUUAUAAUGUUAUGAGAACCUUUGAUAGAUUCUGCUUUCAGUCUAGUAGUUCUGAUGCUGAAAGCCACAAAAAGCCACAAAGUCAUACUGAUCUUCACCAGGUGCACCCUUCAGUCUGCUGGAUCAAGUUGGGAUCCUAGUCGAUCCCAAAGCAAGUGGUCUAAAGCGAAAGUGAAAGUCAGUUUGUCGGACUCCUGCCAUAUUUACAACUUGUUUGACAUUUACAAAAAAGUUGAACGCUUAUGUAGUUUUUACAGUGGUCUGAAAAAAGUGUUUGCCCCCUUCCUGUUACAAUUUAAUGUUUCAGAUGAUGAAAUUUAAAUAUUAGUCAAUGACAUUACAACUGAACACAAUAAUAUGCAGUUUUGAAAUGACACUUUUUAUUAUUAAAGGAGAAAAAAACAUCCAAACCUAUGAGGCCUGUGUGGAAAACUGAUUGCUCGUCUCAAUUUUGCCCCAAGACCUUCAAGAAAAUACAAAAGUUACAUUUUUUGGAAGGUGUUAGUCCCAUUAAAUCUGGUGUAAAAGUAAAUGCCACAUUUCAGGAAAAAACAACAUACCAACAGAAAAAUAUGGUGGUCGCAGUGUGAUGGUCUGGGCUUGUUUUGCUGUUUCAGGACCUGGAAUAUUUGCUGUAAUAAAUGGAACCAUGAAUUCUGCUGUCUACCAAAAAAUCCUAAAGGAGAGUGUCCCGCCAUCGGUCCGUGACCUCAAGCUGAACCCAACAAUGAUCCAAAACACACUCUGGAGUGGCCUUGUCAAAGUCCUGACCUGACUCCUGUUGAGCUGCCUUAAAAAGGCGGUUCAUGCCGGAAUGUUGCUGAAUUACAACAAUCCUGCAAACAUGAGUCGGCCAAAAUCCCUCCACAGCGCUGCAAGAGAAUCAUGGCUUGAUCAAAGGCUUGAUUGCAGUUGAUGCCCAACCAAUUAUGAGGUUUAGGAUGCAAUCACUUUUUUCACACAGGGCCAUGUAGGUUUGGAUGUUUUUUUUCUCCCUUAAUAAUAAAAAGUUGAAUUUAAAAACUACAUUUUUGUGUUCAGCUAAUCAUUAACUAACAAUUUUUGUGUGACAAACAUGCAAAAAAAAAUAAGAAAAGGGGGCAAACACACUAUGGUAUGCUUUUAUGCAUACCAUAUUAUGCUUAUUUUAUUCACCCUGUCUCAUCAUCAUCAUUCGGGUUUGGUUCUUGCUCAAAUUUUGGACCAUUUUCUUUCUUCAAAUUUUGGUCUGCCAAUCUGUUCUGUUUCUUAUUACCUUCAAACGUAACUUCCAAUGAUUAUAUACGAUACCAGACAAUAUAUUUUUUUUUUAUUAAAUUCAUUCAUUUCAUCCAUUCAUGUUUGUUGCCAGGCAGAAUUCAUUUAAUUCACACACAUGGAGCACAGUGGUGCCCCAUACAGCGCAAAAUGGACAGGGAGAGUAGUUUAAAGACAAUUAUUAUUAAUUUACACACUAUCUGUGUAAUGACAGUGUCAUCUACUGGAUGUGGUUGGGCACUGCCUCACUUGUAUCUCAUCCAAAAUGGCCACCGCUUGAUAUGCUUUAUCCCAUUUAGCCACGCCACAAUGAUAUUUUCAGAAGGAUGUAUGUGGGGCUGAACGUGAGAGUGACUUGCAUCCAAACUGCUUCCACCAUUGCAGGCAACUGAGCUGUCUUCCUGCCAAACUCAGUGUGGUGUGUGUGUGUGUGUGUAUGGACCCCCAGCACGGCCUGACCUUUUCACCUUCUGCUUAAAAGUGUGCCUUUUCAGUGCACGUCAGCAGACAACUAGUGUGUUUGUAUAUAAUAUAACAUGUGUGUUUGUGCUGUAACAUCAAGGCCUACACAGACACACACACACACACACACACAUGCACACUGAGCAAUAUCAGACAGGCUCUGUACAACACCUCUAUUGUCAUUUUAUCAGGUACUUCUUCUUCAAGUGGACUGCACACACGUCAAUGCAGCUGAUCUAACACCUCCAUCCCCUCCGACCAACAGAAAGUGUACUGGUGUUGACCGUCCACCUGUGUGGCAGCCCUGCUGGUCAAAGCGGUGCAUCGUGAAGGGCUUCUCGAGUGUUCUAGCUACAAUAUUGUGUGCGUCGAUGACUUUCCACCCUCAGUGAUACAGGCCACAGGUUUUCUUUCACUCCUUACGGGUGAACACUGAACUUUUUUUUUUUUUUUUACAUACACUUGCUAUAAUAGUGGUAUAAUUAAAGAACCAUAUAUGACAACUUUGUACUUGUGUAAAUGAAAGGAAGGCAAAUGCAGUAACACCCUGCAGUGACUUAUUGUUGUGUAUUAACCCAUGGGAAAAAAAGUGUUAUUGUAGAGUGUACUUUGUAAGCAAACCUCUUGAACAUACAGUAUAUACUGAAAAUGCAUAACAGUGCAAUACUCUUAUGUACCAGGUUGAUUAUUAUUAUUAUUAUUAUGAAUCAACGGCUUCUUCUUUAAAAGUCUCCAAAAUGUUUUUUAAAAACUCACACAAGAUGCUGCAACCUUUAUGGUCCCAACUCAUAUUAUGAAUUGAGCACUUUGUUUCCACUGUGUAACCACACUUUUUAACCACAUAAUGUACCUAGCACAUGUACUUCAACCUAUUUAGUUGCACAGGUUAAUACACCGGAAUAAGGCCCAUGUAGUGGAACAUGUUACCCAAAUGUUGGACUUGGGAGGCGGAACAUCCUUAAAUAUAACACGCUUAAUUGUUGAUGAAUGCCUUUGUACAGUAGUGGAUACAAAGUUUUUCCUUUUUUUCUUGUUUUGUAAUGUAUGGUAAUAAUGUAAGUAUGAUUAUUGUAUUUAAAGGUAUGAGAGGACUGGCAAUAUUUUUGACUAUUUAAAAGUAAUUUUGAAUUCAUGAUAUUAAAGAAGUACCUCAGGAUAUUGACGUGUGAGGACUGGUGAACAAAGUCAAUCGCAAUCAGUGAAAACAGGCACUCUCAAAAUGCACAUUGCAAGGUUUUUAAUUUGAUUGCAGGACAAGGUUGUAAAAAAAAAAAAAGGCAAAACAAGUGUAUUCUUUGAAAACAGCAGCAUUCGGUUGUGUUGUUUGAGUGCCGUAUUACAGUUUGGAUGGGGGAGCCUGCAUAAUAAAUGUUAACAUUG